AACCUUGGAGCAACUUCCCUUGCAAUGACAUAUUGGUUCUUAAAUUCGAUCUGACCUCUAGUUACGUUCUCCUAUAAUUCAUGGCAAUUGUUGUUUGAUUAGACAUUCAAGCCUCGUGGUGCAGUGCUGCCAGUGAAAACGACUCACCCAAGAUGUCUUUGAGUCCACCUGCCUACCUCAGCUCGCUGCAGAACAACAUCAGAGCACGUCCGAUACCAUGGGAUGGCGCAGUCCGCGCUGGCAAUCUCACAGAUGACCAACUGAAGAAGAUCAGAUCAGUCGACAAGGUCAGAAAAGAGCAGAGAAAGCAAACGAUUGAAAAAGAUGUCAAGAGCUACAGUAAAUUGCUAGUAGGCGGUAAAGAUGGCGGCAGUGUGCUCGAGAAAGCGUCCAAGCGAAGCGACAUAAUUCAAUAUAUCCUUGUACUUGCAACAGACCUGAUCAAUGAUGCCCCUGCCCUGGCAGAUGCAAUACUCGAUCAUCCCGAACCAUACAGGCCCUUUAUUUCCUUUCUCACGCAGUCGGGCAAUCCAGAAGACCCGAUACCUCUAUUUUCAGCUACAUUCCUAGUCAACCUAAUUGCCAUUUCACUGACAUCAUCCUCGAAACCGACUCCACGAGACGACCAGGCGCUUUCUCAGGUCUACUCAUAUCUGGCAAAGCUAGUAAAGAACCAAGACAGCGGACUUCAAGACAUUGGAGUUCAACACUUCUCACAAUUGUUGCGGACUUCACGGUCGAAAGAGUUGUUCUGGAAACAGAAAUCAGACACGGUUGAUCCAUUGUUUGAUAUCUUGCGGAAAGCUGCAGGUGCGGCAAAAGAUAACGAUUCGACACUAUGGAGCGGGGCUACAAGUAUAAGAAGCAGCGACACGAGGUUCGGGGGCGGUGUUGGGUUGCAGUUGAUGUACCAUGUCUUACUAGUCAUCUGGCAGCUCAGUUUCGAGGGAGAGAUGGUUGGUGAAGGACUUGAAAAGGACGAGGAAAUUAUUCCUUUGUAUACGCAACUCCUCCGAAUGUCACCAAAAGAGAAGACGACUCGUCUCUUACUUGCAACAUUGAAUAACCUACUUUCCUCGAACAAGGACACGUUGAUUGCCAUAGCGACUACUGCCAGACUACCUUCGCUUCUUAGUAACCUCUCUGGGCGACAUCUCACAGAUCAAGACCUGCUUGAAGAUCUCGAGAACCUUAAGACCAUGCUCGAAGAAUACACCAAGAACCAGACAACGUUCGAUGAGUACGCUGAUGAAGUCAACUCCGGCCAUCUACGGUGGUCACCGCCACACCGAAAUCCUACGUUCUGGAGGGAGAACGCUCGCAAGAUACUUGAAGACAAAAAAGGCGAGCUGCCGAAGAAGCUCGCUGAGAUACUAUCUAGAGGAUGGGAGUCAGACAAGAAAGUGCUUGCAAUCGGGUGCAACGAUGUGGGGAACCUCGUCAAAGAAGUCCCAGAACACCGAUCAACUUUGGAGAGACUCGGGCUCAAAGCUCGAUUACUAGAGCUCAUGGGUGAUUCCGACGAGAGCGUUCGCUGGGAGAGUCUGAAGGCCGUUGGAGAAUGGAUGCGAUACACCUUUGACAAAUAGAGGGCUGGCUGACACCGCACUGGUUUCAUGGCGCCGGGAGUUUUCAACAUCAGGGACUGCAAGACUUCACACUACUCGUACCUUAUCUCCCGGCUGGAGAGGCGAGAGUAGAUGCAAUCGACGAUGGCACAAAUCGCUUGUGAUUAUUGUAGUGCAUGGGCGUCGCAAAUAGGUUAGCUAGAUGCUGAUGAGGUGCUUUGGCGCUGUCAGUCACCCAAUUUCUUCCGUUGUCUGUCUUCAUAGGGAAUAGAGCAGCCUCACGAUAAUUAUCGUAAUGUGAC